AUGGCAACGCUCUCCGAAGACCUAGUCGACGACAUCCUCUACUUUGCGCGCGCCGGCGAGACCGCCGACCUCGCCACAACCCUCAAGUCCCUCACCGCCGACCCCACCACCACAUUCACAUCCGCCGCACAGGUGCUCGAGCUCGCGCUCGACGAGCACUCGGGCAACAAUGCGCUGCACAUGGCCGCCGGGAACGGGCAUUUCGACAUCGUCAAAGAGAUCCUCUCACACCUGCCCACGCCCGCCAACCAGCACGCGCCGCCGCACGCCGUCGUCGCGCACAAGAACGCCGCCGGCAACACGCCGCUGCACUGGGCGGCGCUGAACGGGCAUGUCAAGAUCGUCGAGGCGCUUGUGGUGGUUGCGAAUGCGGACCCGACGGUGGUGAAUAGUGCGGGGCAUGAUCCGGUGUAUGAGGCGGAACUGAACGAGAAGAUGGAGGUGGUCGAGUGGAUAUUGGGCAACUGCGAGGGGCUGCAGGAGGGGAUUGGGGGUGAGGCGGGGGAGGGGGAGGGGGAGGGAGAGGGAGAGAAGGAGGGCGGGGAGGGGAGUAAGGGUAAGGGUAAGGGGGUGAAUGGGAAUGGGAAUGGGGCGCAGGAUAUCCAGGAGGGUGUGGAGAGGCUGGACCUGUAUAAAGGCGACAGUCGGGAGGCGUAG